AAAUCUUCCAUCCCCGAGAAAAAUCUUCCCAGCUUCUUCUCCGAUCCGGAAAUUCCUGGCAUCGUGGAUGGUACAACAGGGCAGGAUGCACAGCCAUUGGACAAUGUGUUGGGAGCUGGGCUAGCCUCAGUGGAGAUACCUACGGUAGACCCUGAAGCUGGAUCUGUGGAGUCAUCCUUACAGGAGGGCCCCAUCAACUUACCUGACUUCUUGUCAGAUGGUGCCAUAUGUAAUGGGGAAUUAGAGGAGGAGGGAGGGCAAGAAGGUACAGGUGCUGCUUCAGGUGUGGAUCACACAGUGUUUGUACAGAUGGAAAAGGACAAUAGAACAUUGAGAAGACAGCUGGUAGAGGCUAGGAGACAAGUGCAAUCUCAGACAGAGAGAAUAUCCGAGCUGCAGCAGCAGAUGUCUGCCCAGAGUAAGGCAGAAGCAGAGGAGACAGCAGCCCUAGAGAGGAUGGUACAACAGGUGGAGACAAACCUGGAAGUGGCAACAAAAAGAGCGGUUACAGCUGAAGAAACAAUAGCCAAACAAAAGAAGGAGAUCAAAUCUCUUCAGGCCCGAGUGAGCUUGUUAUCACAGGAGAACAGCUGUCUAAGAGCGGGGGACUCCCCCCUGACUGGUGUCAGAGAGAAGGCUAAGUCUGCCUCAGAACAACUUUCCACUGCUGCUAAAAAUGCAGACCAGUCCAUUAGGCAACUUCUCACAGGUGUGGAAACACUGAAGCUAGUGUCAGAUUUGCUGGCAGACAUCGACAAAAUUACGGAGGUUAAAGAAGAGCCCCCUCCACCAGAUUCCCAAGGAGCGACAUCAUAAUCAUCACUCAUGUACAAGACAGAUAAUCAGAGACUCACAGACACUUCCAUUGAACAAAAAUGCAAACUAGAAUAUGGAAAUAUAUAUAACCAUGAAAACACAGACAAACAGACAGACAGAAAAAAUAAGAUACCUCCCAGGAAGUCAGUAGUCUCUUUGACUGACUCUAUGACCUGGACUGUAAAGUCUGAUUAACUACUAGUCAUACCACCAACUUUUUGUCAGACCUUUGAUGUUUUUCAAGUCCUGUUGACCAGGUCUUUUAAUGAGAUUGUAAAGACAUGACUCUUACAGUAGUGAAAAUAGUUGUAUCCUAGGAAAAUGUUGCAAACAGUCCAGCAAAAGAAAUAGAAAUACUUAAUUCCUCUGACACUUAAGAUAUGUUUUAUACCAGCAAUUUACCUCAAUCAGCUUCUUGUGCUAGAAAUUCAUUGUUUCCUAAACAUUUUACUUUUUAACAAUGUGGAAAAGUGUGAUAAAACUGGUAUAAAGACUGUUAAAUAUCAUGAGCCAUAACAUUGUGACAUUGUCAGCAUAAUCCACCAACUACUACAUGUAUCUCAUUGUUGCGCUGUCUCAGUUAAAAGAUUUAACAUCUGCAAUUUUUCUCUCGGCAAUGAAUUGUAAAUAAAAUUUCUU